CUUUACUAGAAUAAUUCUUAAUUAUUUUCAGAGAAGAUGAAGGUUAUAGGACUAGUAAGUGGAGGAAAGGACAGCUGCUUCAACCUAGUAGAAUGUGUAGCGGCAGGACACGAGAUUGUUGCGCUUGCAAACCUAAGACCAGAGAACCAGACCAAAGAAGAACUAGAUAGUAUGAUGUACCAAACAGUAGGUUCCUCUGCUGUUGAAUAUAUUGCUAAAGCCAUGAAUUUACCAUUCUUUAUUGGUACUACAACAGGAGAAGGGCGGAGCACUAAUAGAGAUUAUACUCCUACUCAGGGGGAUGAAGUAGAGGAUCUGUAUCAGCUUCUCUCCCGGGUUAUUAAGGAGACCGGAGCUGAAGCAGUAUCUGUCGGAGCAAUCCUUUCAGACUAUCAGAGGGUUCGGGUUGAGAAUGUUUGUCUCCGACUCUCCGUGGUUCCUCUUUCUUAUUUAUGGCAGAGAGAUCAGGUUGAACUGCUCCAUGAGAUGAUUGAGUGCGGGAUGAAAUCUGUUCUAAUUAAAGUUGCAUGUCUUGGACUCAAUAGUUCUCAUCUAGGAUUAACGUUGGGGCAGAUGGAGGACAAAUUGCUUGUAUUAAAAGAUAAAUACGGAGUAAAUGUUUGUGGAGAAGGAGGAGAAUAUGAAACCUUUACACUGGAUUGCCCACUCUUCAGACAGGGAUUAGAAAUCACAACCCAGACUUGUAUUAAACAUUCUGAGGAUCCUUUCUCUCCGGUCUCCUAUCUCCAUCUCGAGGUUAAACUUGUAGAUAAGAGUAUCCCGAAUACACUCACCCAACCUCAGCUCCUGGCUCACCAUAAACUAAAGGAUCUUUCUCCUCACAGGUUUCUAUCAGAUAUCAUCUCGGUUUAUGUUGAAGAUAAAGAAAACCUUCCUGAACCUGUGGUUUGCGGAGUUGUAUCUGAUGAACCCGAAGUACGGUUGAACCACCCGGAGAAGGAUUGGAUUGAGAUCAUAAAUAUUCCUGGGGUUGGCACCACUCCUGCUCAGGGAAUAUCCUCUGCAUUCUCCGUCCUGGCGGAGAGAUUAAAGGAGUCCGGAGCAACACUGUCUUGUCUGUCCAGAAUUAUUCUCUAUGUGAGCAGUAUGUCUGAUUAUGGAGAAAUAAACAAGGUUUAUCAAGAACAGUUUGGUUUAAACCCUCCAGUUCGAGUUUGUGUAGCAGUAGGAGCGGAUAAUUUACCCAAAGGAUGUUUGUUAAGUAUGAGUGCCCGAGGUUGGAUUGGAUCCGAGGAGCUGAGAUGUAUGCAUGUUCAGGGUUUAUCUCACUGGGCUCCAGCAAACAUUGGACCGUACAGUCAGUGCUCCAUGGCGGGGAAUCUCCUUCAUGUCUCUGGGCAGAUCGCUCUUAUUCCAGGUUUAAUCAAAAUGGGUGAAGAGGAGGAAGACGACUUUGAUAAAAUGUUAAAAUCUUAUGAAGAGGAGUUUUCCACCGAUACCUCUGGGGAUGUAACUGUGAUAGAGAGAAAAAACGGAGAGAAAGCGGAAGAUGAUACAAUUGAUGAAAAACAAGCGGAUUCAACCGCGAAGAACGUGAAUAAUCAAAAUGAUCAAAAUGGCAACAAAGAAAAUGAGAUCAAUGAAAACAGUACUGAGAAUAUGGUAAACGUCAAGAAAGGUUUUCACAACACAGAUUCAAAUAAAGAACUAAUUGUAAAUAGCCUUGAUGAAAAGAAGAAAGUAAAAAGAGAAGUGUUACAAGGGACUAAAGAUAUUAAUAAGUAUGACAGAAAUAUAAUAAAAGAGAAUGGAGAGCUCUCAAUCGAUAAUGAAACUACCACAAAAGAGGAUUUAUUGGUUUUCAAUAGGAAAGAAGAGAACCUGGAAGAAGAUGAAGAGACAACUAAGGAGGAAGGUGAGAUAUCUAAUGAAUGCGGAGAGGGAUCUGAUGAUAAUGGAGAGUCAUCUAAAGAAAUUGAAGAUAUACCCAGAGAGAAAGGAGAAGUUUCAAAAGUUAAUGGUUUGUCUGAUAAGGAGGCAAAGAAGAUUGAGGAUGAUGAUGAAGAUGAUGAAACACUAAAAGAAAUCAACUCUUAUCUGGAAGAAUCAAUUGAUUUACGAAAUAAAAUGUUCGCUGAGAAUGAUUUUAAAUCUUCUACUCCCAAGACCGCGAGGACAAAAUCAGUUCUGAGUGAUACGGAGUAUUUGUGGAAGAUGAUUGAUCAAUCUAAAUCAAAAUCAGUUCUGAGUGAUACGGAGUAUUUGUGGAAGAUGAUUGAUCAAUCUAAAUCUACAAGUUUAGAGGACACAAGACCAAUCAAUCAAGGAAACCUGGAUACGUCUUCCAAUACAACCAACACGUCACAAAGUAUAUUGUUAGCCGGAAAUAUUUUGUACGACCAGGACGGAAAGAAGCUAGAUUUAUCUCUCUUGGACGAAGAUGAUGAUGAUGACGAAAUCCAGGAGUUUACAAUCGAUGAUAUUAUUCAAGAUCUAGAUCUCCUUGACGAUACUGACGACGAGGACGAGACGGUGAAUGAAUGUGAUAAAACUGUAGUUCCAUCAGAACCUGAGAAGGUUACCUCAGACAAACCUUCACUUACUCCUCCUCCACCUCCCAAGAUAUCUCAACCUCAGAAACCCAAAUUCAGUCUGAGUGAAAUGAAAAACAUAGAUACUAAUUACUAUAGAGAGUUGGAAACUGUGUAUAGAAAAUAUCAGGGUCAUCCAGGACUAGGACCAAUCCCUCCUAGGCGAGAGAUUAGGAGACCUAGAGUUUUCAAAGACAAAUCUGGGAAUAUUCUUGGAUUUGACAGUUUAGAAGAGUACAUCGAUAACAAUCAUCCUCUCUGGUGUGAUCUUAGAAACCAGUUCAAUGAUUUCCUUACCUUUGAUAAACCAGACCAUACUCUCGCUAGUUUUGUAUCGAAUCAAUGGAAGAGUGGGUUCAGAGUAGAUCCAAACCGAAACCUAUCCUGCCUUCCUAGACCCAACUGGAGGAAUAGGAAGAAUAAAGUAUUACGGGACGGGAAUGUAACUCAACAUGAUCAGGUUUUGUCCAAGAUUCUUCGGGUUGAUCAAACCAUGGAGAAUAAAAAGGAGCAGUUGUAUGCGAUGUACAAAAAUGCUGUCGACACCCAGACACUGAGAGAGAAAGAAGAUGAGAGGUAUGAAAGAUACCAACACAACCAUGUCACAUUUAACUUAGAUGAUAGUUUUGUCACAAAAUUUGAUACUCUCCCAGAAGAGGAGGAAAGAAUGAUCUGCGGGUUUUGUUACAACCUAUGUAUGUGUACUGGAGAAGAAAGUAGAAAGCGGAAACACUCUUCGGCCUCUACUGAGUCAGGAAGGAAACGGAAGAAGAUUGUAUUCGAAGAACACGCCGACCUUAUUAUCCAGAAGUUGCAGUCUAAGGGACUAGCUCGCAGUGCUAAUAUUAUUCAUAGUAUCAGGGAGUCCUACCUGUUCAAUAGUUGCUACAACACCGAAUCCUGGCAGGACCAGGAGGUUGUCAAGGAGCUUAUCAGUCUUGAAUCCGUAUAUGAUGACUUCUCCAAGGAAUACUACAGUCCCUAUGCUCGGGAUAAUCCCGUUCCAGUGCCAAUACCUGAGAAACUUGAAACCGACGACUCAACAAUGUCAUACUCUAAGUUUAUUGAAGACUACUAACCUCUAACCUCGCGCCUUAUUCUUCCAUUAUACAUUAAAUUUUAUUUAAAUGAAGAGAAUAAUAUUUAUAAGAGAUAUAUUUUGUAAAUCCAGAAAUGAUAACUAUUAUUGAUAUAUAUCAGAAAUAUAUGAAAUGAUUAAU